AUGCCUGGAUACAGAAAAUCAGUACCUGUCGAUUACAUCAGUGGUAGGACCAGAGCGUCAAAAGAACAGCCGGCUUCAAAGGAACAACAACAGGAACAACAACCUGAACCCCACCCUGAACCACAACCUGAACAACCACCUGAACCACAGCCUGAACCACAACUUGUACAACAACCUGAACCACAACUUGAACAACAACCUGAACCACAACUUGAACAACAUCCUGCACCACACCCUGAACAACAACCUGAACAGCAAAUUGUGGACCUCGUGGACCUCGUGGAGGACUUUUUACCUCCACCGCCACCAGAGCUAAUUUCAAGUAAAAUGUCUUCAGGAGGGAUUAACCUUAAGAAGUAUAAUGGGUCUGAAUCUCCAUUGAUAUGGUUGUCAACCUUACAGUCGUGGCAGGACUUCCAUAACCUGUCCGAUGCCAGAACAAUGGCUGCCAUGUCCUUCAACAUGGAAGGGGCCGCAGCAUUGUGGCUACAAGGGUUGUCUGGUGAGGACAAGACAGACUUCAUCAAGUUUAAAGAACUGUUCAUCACCAGAUUUGGACAAAAAGCAUCCGAUAACAAGUUUUUUGGCACCAAACAGCAACCAGAUGAGAAUGGUGAUCGUUAUCUAGAGAGAAUAGAGAAACUGGCCCUUGGGCACAACUUGCCAGAGUGCUCUAAAGUGCAGGUCGCAAUGAAUGGCCUGCACAGUAAGAUCAAAAGCAAGGUGCUUGGAAAAGAACCCACCACGUUUAUGGAUUUGCGACACUAUGUGGAUUUAGCAAAAGAAGAGCUGGCAUGCUGCUCUGACUCAGACAACAUCAACAUAGUGUCAGUGUCAAAACUGUGUGAUGAAAUCGUCACUAAACUCCAAACUGACUUCAAAGAGAAGUUAGAAGGUGUUCAGCAAGAGGUGUCCGCUAUUGCUGCAAAACACCCUGGAAAGAGUCAGCACCAGUUCAAAACUUUUCAAAAGCAGCACGAGUCACAACCUUUCCAACCACAGCAGCAGCAACAAUUCCACCUCCAGCAGCCAUACCAGCCUCAGCAGCAACAUUUUCACCUCCAGCAGCAAUACCAGCCACAACAACAACCAUUCCACCUCCAACAGCCAUACCAGUCUUUCCAACCACAGCAGCAGCAGUAG